ACAUGCUUCUCUUGUACUCCAUCUUGUUCAUGUGCAUUUCUAGCCUGAGAGCUGCUCCAACUUGUGAACCAAAUUCAUUUUGCUAUUCUCCAAAUGAGUCUACAAAAGUUACGUUGACUAGGACUGGAGACAGCUUGAAUUUAAGGAUUUAUGACGAAAAUUCUGCUAUUAGAAAAGUUCAUAUUUUACAGAAAGAGGGAAAAGAUGUACUGGUUGAUUGUACAAAUAAAAAGGAGGAUGGGAAAACCUGUGAAGCUCAGCUAACAGUAGAUCAAUUUGAAAAGAACCUCCCAAUCUCCAUCAAACUCUCCGAUUCUCAAACUUCCGACCCAAUCUCCCUUGAAGCACUCGUCCCACCAGCACAAGAAGGACUUACAAAACAGCAGAGAAGACAAUUCUCAAAGGCACAUGCGAUUCUUAUGAUCUUCGGAUGGCUUCUAUUUGUUCCAUCUGGAUUCUUGUUUGCAAGACUUGGAAAAGAUCUUUUCAAAGAGCAAACGUUGUUCGGAAGUGCAGUGUGGUUCCAGAUUCACCGAGCUGCAAAUUUCAUGGGCGUUGUUUGCAUGUGUACCUCAAUGCUAUGCAUCUUCAUUUCAACUCAAUGGACAUGGAAGGGUACCGGAUCAGGUUCGAAGUACUGGACAGAGGUUCACACUGAUCUUGGAGUGAUUUCGACGGUUUUGGCGGUGGCUCAGCCCAUUAACAGCUUGUUUAGAUGCGGACCCACUCAUUCUCAAAGAAUCAUUUUCAACUGGGCACACAGAUGUGUCGGAAUUGUCGCCUACACUCUUGCUCUCACUGCCAUCAUUAUUGCAGCAGUGCAAUUCAAGAGAAUCUGGAAUGAGCCACUCAUGGAGCUGGUGCUUGUCUGUUUGCCAAUUGCCAUCUGUUUGGCGCUCACAAUUGCUUUCACAUUUUUGGAGAGUGAUCGAUUCCGAACAAAGGCUUCUUUUGGGCCUCACAUCUUGAAAGGACCUGCAGUGUUUUGGGCGAUUGGAGUAUUCUUCUGCAUUGCUGUUGCGUUGUCACUUCUUGUCGUCAAUGGAUAUAAAAAUGUAUAAUUAUUAAUGGAAUUUUGGAAUCUCAUCUAAUUUAUUGAUUUUAUUGAAUACGGGUAGUUUCUGAUAAUUACUUUGCAUUGUAAAAAAACAAACUUUGUAUGAAUAAACAUAUUGAACAUCUAA